AUGAUCUUUUCAGUAUCUUUGUUAUUAGGUCAAAAAUAUUAUAGUAAAAAUUUAAAAAUGAAUCAUAUAUAUUCGAGAAAAGGUACAUUUUUAUAUCCGACUAUAUAUCGUACUUGCUUGUUAUCGUCAUAUCAUGGAUUUUUGUAUCAAAUUUCUAGUUUUUUGAAAGAUUUAGGACAUAAGAAACUUUAUAUGGAUGAAAAAUUUCAAGAAAAAAAAAAGAAUAUCAUAUUUAAAAAAUAUUCACUAGAAGGCCCAAACUUUUUCAAAGAGUGUUUAAUAGGUUUUCCCCUUUAUGGGAAUAGAAGAUUUUCAACAUCUAGUUUUAUUUUUAGAUCGAGUGGAAGUGGUGGGAAUCAUGGAAAGGGAAAGUUUAAUGGCAAAAAUCAAGAACAUGGUCUCCAAAAACCUGUUGUACCGGAGGUCUAUCCUCGAAUGAUGGCACUCCCUAUUCUCCGGAGACCUUUAUUUCCAGGCUUCUAUAAGGCAAUUGUAAUAAAGAAUCCUUCAGUCAUUGAGGCUAUUAAGGAGAUGAUUAGAAGAAGUCAACCUUAUAUUGGAGCAUUUCUUCUUAAAGAAGAUGUAGAUACGGAUACUAUUACUAAUAUUAAUCAGGUAUAUAGUGUAGGUGUUUUUUCUCAAAUUACAAGUGUAUUUCCUGCAAAUAAUGUAGGAGAUGAAAAUGCUCUUACUGUAGUAUUAUAUCCACAUAGACGAAUCAAAAUUGUUGAUUUAAUAAAACCUCAAACCAACAUUAAUGGUGUAAAGAAUUCUGAAAAUAUAUCAACGGAUAAUAAUAAUGAUCAUCCUGGAUAUGAGGAUUCUAGUUCUCAGACAUAUGUGGCUGAUCAAAAUGUAGAAGAUGGUUUUGUCAAAGGCCCAGUUAAUGAUUCUUCUGUAAAUGAUGACAGUCACUAUGCUACAUCUUUUUUGAAUGCUUAUGAUGUAUCAUUAGUUAAUGUAGAAAAUUUAAUUGACGAAAGUUUUGAUCCAAAAAAUAAUAUUAUUAGAGCAGUUACAUCUGAAAUAGUCAGUGUUUUUAAAGAUAUAGCGACAUUUAAUCCAUUAUUUCGAGAUCAAAUUGCAAAUUUUUCCAUGUUUCAGUCUACAGGAAAUGUAUUUGAAGAGCCUGCAAAGCUUGCUGAUUUUGCAGCUGCUGUAUCUGCUGGUGAAAUAUCAGAAUUACAAGAUAUUUUAGAAACUUUAUCUAUAGAAGCUAGAUUACAGAAAUCGCUUUUGGUUUUGAAAAAAGAACUUAUGAAUGCUCAACUUCAGAGUAAAAUUAGUAAAGAUGUCGAAUCAAAAAUUCAGAAAAGACAGAGAGAGUAUUAUUUAAUUGAGCAAAUGAAGGGCAUAAAAAGGGAAUUAGGUCUAGAGACUGAUGGAAAAGAUAAAUUAGUUGAAAAAUUUAAAGAUAAAGUAUCCAAACUUUCCAUGCCGGAAAAUGUAAAAAAAACAUUUGAUGAAGAGUUAAAUAAGCUUAUUUAUUUAGAGCCAUCUGCUUCUGAGUUUAAUGUAACGCGGAAUUAUUUGGAUUGGUUGACUCAGAUACCAUGGGGGCAACGAUCUAUAGAAAAUUAUGAUAUUAAUUAUGCUAUAAAGGUUUUAGAUGAGGACCAUUAUGGAUUAAAGGAUAUAAAAGAUUGGAUUUUAGAAUUUAUAGCUGUUGGGAAGCUGAGAGGUACUGUUGAGGGCAAGAUCCUUUGUUUUGUUGGGCCUCCUGGUGUUGGUAAAACUUCUAUUGGUAAAUCUAUUGCAAGGGCAUUGAAUCGCCAAUUUUAUCGUUUUAGUGUUGGAGGUCUUACUGAUAUUGCUGAAAUAAAAGGUCACAGAAGGACAUAUGUUGGCGCAAUGCCUGGAAAAAUUAUCCAAAGUUUAAAAAAGGUUCAAACAGAAAAUCCAUUAAUACUUAUUGAUGAGGUCGACAAAAUUGGUCGUGGGCAUCAAGGAGAUCCAUCAAGUGCUUUGCUUGAGCUUUUGGAUCCUGAACAAAAUUCUUCUUUUCUUGAUCAUUAUCUUGAUCUUCCUGUUGAUCUUUCUAAGGUUUUGUUUGUUUGUACAGCAAAUAUUACAGAUCAUAUUCCGGUACCACUUCUGGAUAGAAUGGAAAUUAUACAUAUAUCAGGCUAUGUAGCUGAUGAAAAAAUGGCAAUUGCAAAAAAUUAUCUUGUUCCUGAAGCCAAAGAGCUUGCUGGCUUAAAAGACAUCGAUGUUAAUCUGACUAAUGAUGCAAUUGAACUUCUUAUUAAGUAUUAUUGCCGUGAAAGUGGCGUUCGAAGCUUAAAAAAAUAUAUAAAUAAGGUAUAUCGUAAAUCUACUUUGAAUAUUGUUAAAACUCUUGGAAAUACAUUUGAAGAAGAAUCAUUAAUUGAUGAAAAAAAAGAUCAUGUAAAUGAACAGAAUAACCUUGCGGCGCAUUCUUCAAAGUCUGCAGAAAAAGUCCGGAAGCCUUUAAAAGUUCCUGACACUAUUUCUAUAACAAUAGAUUCUUCAAAUUUGAAGGAUUAUGUUGGUCCACCUAUUUUUACUACUGAUAGGCUUUAUGAAAAAACUCCUCCAGGUGUUGUUAUGGGUUUGGCAUGGACAAGUCAAGGCGGUGCUGUUUUAUACGUGGAAUCUAUUUUAGAAAAUGCAUUAUCCUCAAAAUCCAAACCAGGUUUUACUUGCACUGGUCAAUUAGGUAAUGUUAUGAAAGAAUCUUCAACUAUAGCAUAUUCUUAUUCAAAAAAAUAUAUUUCUCAAAAUUAUCCUGAUAAUAAAUUUUUUGAAAAGGCUCGAAUUCAUCUUCAUUGCCCAGAAGGUGCUGUUCCAAAAGAUGGCCCUUCUGCUGGGAUUACAAUGACGACUUCAAUAUUAUCAUUGGCUUUAAAUUAUUCAAUACCGUCAACUAUAGCAAUGACAGGAGAAAUUACUUUGACUGGAAAAAUAUUGAAAAUUGGAGGUCUCAAAGAGAAAAUAAUUGCUGCUAAAAGAUCUGGUGUAAAUACUAUUAUUUAUCCAGAUGCUAAUCAAGCCGAUUGGGAUAUAAUUCCUGAUAAUAUUAAAGAAGGUUUAAUAGCUUUACCUGUUAAUUGGUAUUCAGAUGUUUUUGAUAUAAUUUUUAAAAAUAUGGAUAAGUCUAAAAUUUCCACAUUAUGA